AAUGACCACCUCACCGGGACCAGCUUAUCUUAUUGCAAUAAUCGAUAAAAAUCCGUACUUUUUGAUUCGUUAUAGUUUUGGUAUAGGCAGCUAACUGUUUAUGUAGCACUAGAACCCCAUUACUACUGUUCAGCUUAAUUGCCUCUCAUUUUAAAGCUGUUUGUUGUUAGUCAUCAAUCUCAGAAUGUGUUGAGAGAACUAGUGUAGUGAGAAAUCAGAGAAUAAAGAACGAACAAGAGAGAAGGCAGGAAGUUGAAGUACAUGAUGAUGAUGAACUCCAACAAAAGUGAGUCUCGAGAAAGCACAGAAUUAGAAGAAGCAGGAGGAAGAUAUCAUGAUGAAGGCAACAGCUUGAAAAGUAAUAAUGAGAUUGAGCUGACCAGAAUUCGACUUAUGAGAUCCUUUGUGGAAACCCAGGAUCCCUCCUCCAAGGUAGUAGAUGAUCUGAUGAUUAGAAGAUUCCUUCGUGCUCGUGAUUUGAAUGUGGAGAAGGCUUCUGCCUUAUUCCUCAAGUACUUGAAAUGGAGGCAAACCUUUGUUCCAAAUGGUUCAAUUUCUGCAUCAGAGCUUCCACAUGAAAUUGCACAAAACAAGAUGUUUAUUCAAGGAUUUGACAAGACAGGAAGACCCAUAGCAGUGGUCUUUGGUGCUAGACAUUUUCAAAUCGAAGGGGGAAGAGAAGAAUUCAAGCGUUAUGUAGUCUAUGGUCUCGACAAAUUGUGUUCAAGGAUGCCCCCAGGACAAGAGAAAUUUGUUUUCAUUGCCGAUCUUGAAGGAUGGGGAUAUUCAAAUAGUGACAUCCGUGCAUACCUUGGAGCUCUAUCGAUUUUGCAGGAUUUCUACCCAGAAAGAUUAGGGAAGGUUUUUAUCAUCCAUGCGCCUUACAUAUUCAUGACAGUAUGGAAAAUUGUAUACCCCUUUAUCGACAAAAAUACCAAGAAGAAGAUAUUAUUUGUAGAGAACAAAAGUUUAAAAUCAACUCUGCUCGAAGAGAUUGAUGAGAGCCAGCUCCCAGAGAUAUACGGAGGCCGACUGCCAUUAGUACCAACCCAGGACAGCUAAUUAAACAACUGAGCUGGGAGAAAAACAGAAGAAACAUAAAAUGGAUAAAUUGCUCUUCUUUCUUAGCAUAUCUUUGGUCCAGUGCAUUAUUGAUGUACCUUUUCACUUAUGUCUAUUUGUAUGAGGAUAUAUAAGACUGUGCAUGGGUCAAGUUGGAGGAUUUUUUCAACUUGUUGGGUUGAGAAAUUCCCAACCCACAUAGGUCCGGUUAGGCUGGUGAUUUGUGCAUUUGUGCUUACAUGUUUCAUUUCUUUAAAAAAAUUGGACUUCCAUAACCUUCGAUGUCAGCAGCAGAAUGGAAACAUAGAGAAUUCCAGCUGAAGCUGAAGGUGAAGGUGAGGGUGAUUGGACAAGAAGUGAGCCUCUUUGCUCUCUGCAUCAUCACAAUCGCCAUCAUUCAUUCCUUUUACAUUACAAAACAAUCUUCUCAUUACUGAGAAGUGAGAAGAGAUCCUCAUUACUCACUACUUCUUUCUAGUACUGGGCUCGACAUUUACUUCUCGGCCCAUAUGUCUCCUUCUUCUCCACCUGCGUUGGCCAAUAUCCCAAAUGUUAUAACUUAUACACACUUUUUCCUUUUGAGAAAUGAGAUAGCGACAACAUUUUUACAAUAAA